GCGGUCUAUCGGACCCGCGGUCUAUCGGGCUGUAACCGAAUGCAUGAUAUGAACCAUGCAUACCGCCGGUAAUAUUAUGAAGCAAUACGCUGCGAAAACGAAAACAACGUUUUGCUUGAUCAUGAUGAUGUCUGUGUUUGUGAAAACAGUUUUUGGACAGUUUGUUGGCUAACACUAAAGAAAAUACGUUCUACAUUGGUCUCAUCUUCAAAGUUCUACCUAGAAUAGUCUAUUCUCUUAAGACAAGAAAAAACAAGGAGCAGGCUGAGCAGUGGACAAUCGGCUGAUCGGGCAUCGCUUUUCUUCUUCCCUGGCCGCGGUCGCGUUGAUUUCCUCCACUCUCGAUUACCGUCUACCCAUCUGGACUGGGGAACUGCCGGAUCCAGUGGUUAUAGCGAAAAGUGUUUUUUUUUAAAUUAGAUUCAGGAUAGAGCUAAGCUCAGGAUCUUUGGAAUCGUUCUGUAUCUUGAUGAUGUCUGUUUCAUUGUGUAUCAUCAGAAUUUCUGUUAACGACAACUCUCCGAUUCCAAAAUCAUUGUCAUAUUCAAGAGGAGCAGACGCGAUGGCAGAAAGUCCACCACUGCUAUCUUCUUCACCUCCUCCUACUCUGAUGGCCAAACGGCAUGAUGCCCUCAGUGAUAAACCUUCAGUGGCAUGGGAGAAAGUGGAUGAAGAUGGACGAAGUCAUCCAAUCCUGGCCAAGGCAGAGAGCACCGAAGCCAUCUUGGAGAAAUGCAUCGGAAAAAGGGAAGAGACAGAGAUCCAGAUCGAAACCUACAAUGUUGAAGAAAGAUACGAGGAUGAGUGCACAGAUCAGAUCAAGGAAGAACCUAAACCGAGCUAUGCCAAAGCUCUUGCUGGGGUGAAAGAAACAGACAAAUGGCGUUCAUCCAAGGAAAGACAAAGUCAAAUUAAUCAGUCAUCGACUUUUAAGCCUGUAAAGGGGGACAGUCUAUGUAGUGACACCACUACUACUAGUGAAAUCACAUCUCUUGAUAGUACUGAUGAAGACUCUCUAAGCAUAGACAAGGACAAAGGUCAAAGCUCAGAGUCUGACAAAGUUCAAAGCACAGAGAACAAAGGACAAAGAUCGGAGAGCAAAGGUCAAAGCUUAGAGGGCAAAGCUAAGAAAGGCGAGGCUUCGGGUAAGAGUCGCCCUAGAGUUGUGCCUCCAGUUGAUAGCUCUGUUCGACAUGUAUCAUCGAGCAUUAGUCCUCCAACUGUGUCAUCUGAAGCCAGUGAGGGCGGCAGAUCAAGCAAAAGUCCACUGACGCAGAUCAGGAGAAGAAUAACAUUCUUUUCAGGGAAUCCUGUGGUGGAUGUUACAAAGGGAAUAGUCCAUCUUUUCAAAGAGAAUCACAUGACGUCUCUAGAUGAAGGCAUCAUUCGUAGUGAUAUGAUCUGUGCUCUGGCUGUCCCGGCAUCUCUUAUAUGUCAUGAUCUACUGCAGUUCUUUUCUCCUUUGGCUGAGGGCAUAGAACACAUCCGAAUCGUCAGAGAUUCCAACCCAAACCAAUACAUGACUCUUAUUAAGUUCAGAAAUCAGAGCCAUGCAGAUGAGUUCUACAAAGAAUAUAAUGGUAAACCAUACAACUCAUUUGAUGACUUUGUCUGCUAUUUAGUCUUUGUUUCAAGGGUAGAGUGCAUGAAGUCAUGUGAGGGAGCUAGUCUUGCUACUCCAGGCCUCACAGAGCUACCAACAUGCAAUAUUUGCUUGGAGAGGAUGGAGGAUUCAGUAGAGGGUAUCCUUACUAUCUUGUGUAAUCAUACAUUCCAUGGUAGCUGCCUCACCAAGUGGGGAGAUACAAGUUGUCCUGUAUGUAGAUAUAACCAGACACCUGAGCCAUCAGUAGAUAAUAAAUGCUUUCAAUGUGGAGCUCAAGAGAGCCUGUGGAUCUGUCUAAUAUGUGGUCACAUAGGAUGUGGGAGAUACGUAGAGGCCCAUGCAUAUCAUCAUUUUGAAGACACUCAACAUACCUACGCAAUGCAACUUGGUAAACAGAGAGUCUGGGACUAUGCUGGGGAUAAUUACGUGCAUAGACUGGUUCAGAGUAAAGGUGAUGGGAAGCCAGUAGAAUGGGAGAGAGGAGAUGGACAGCCGGAAUGUGAUGAGAAGUUUGAUUCCCUUACACUAGAGUAUACUUACUUGUUGAAUAGCCAGCUUGAAUCCCAACGGCUCUACUACGAAGAGAAGAUGACAAGGAUAGAAAGUGAUGCUUUAGCACAGGUAUCUGAGAUAGAAGUGCGGUCCAGAAAGUUGAUGGAAGAAAGAGACAGAGUGGAGAGAGAAAUGCAGAAAAGUCUCAAGGAAAAACAGCUGCUUGAUAAGAAGAGUUCCUUUAUGUCUGAUAAAUUAGGCAAGGUCUUAAAUCAGCUUUCAGAAGAAUUGGAGAUGAAUAAGUGUCUCCGAGCAAAUCAAGCUGACUGGCAAACAAAGGUCACUGCACUUGAAAAGAGGUUGGAUGAAGAUAGCAAAGCAAAAACAGAGGAGAUCAAGGAUUUGAAGGAGCAACUGAGGGAUCUGAUGUUCUUCCUGGAGGCCCAGGAAACCCUGAACAAGACUCCUGAUAAGACCAGACAAGAGAUCCAAGAAGGUCAGAUCACCAUAGGUGCUUCACCCUCGCCCGAUGGACAUCCUGGUAGGAGAGGCAGGAAAAAAGGGAAAUAGAUUGAUUUCACAUGGAAGAACAUUAUUCUUUGUUCCUCUCUGGCCUCUACGCAGGUCCAUUUGGUAAUUGACCACAGCUUGGCAAAGACUUCCCUGUUUCUGCUGUAGUUGUACCCAGAAUUGCCUGUACCUGUACUCUACCACCAUUUAAAAGUCUUGUGUAUGCUUUGGCAGGAGAGGUCUCACCAAUGCUAGAAGAUUUGACUUGAGGCACACACCAAUCAAGACACCAACUUAAACAGACUAUCUCCAUGUAUCAGUGUUCAUUAGCCAUGCAGUCACCUCUCUUUCUGAAUAUAAAUACAGCUAAGUGUGUUCUGGAGGUAAACAAGUAAGUUUAGCUCUUCAAGCCAAAGCCUCUACCAAGCAAAGAUGCAAUUCACAAUCCAUCCAUCCUUCUCAUUGUCUUGAUAAAUCUGUUCAGGUGUGGCAGGAAAAAUCCAGCUCCAUUGACAUUCUUUCAAGUAGAGUUAAUUUAUUCCUGUGUCAUUUUUAUACAAAAAAAAAAAUCAUAUUUUGAAGCGACUGUUCGAUUGUCUCGUAAGUUAAUGAGAAGUAAGUGCUGUUUCCAUUGAAUGUCAUAUUGCAUUCAACAGGCAUUCUCAUAAUAACUAAUAUGAAUCAACACAGAUUGUCCUAUGCUGGUGGAUAUUUAUUUAUUCCUCUUUCAUUCAUUGAUUCCGAUUGAAUCCAAUUGAUUGCAAAUUCUAAUACUGACUCUUCCAUCAAUUCAUAGGAUAGUUUAUAAGAUGAAUAGAUAUGUGAGUGUUAACUAUACUUGCAAGGCAUUUUAUAUCACAUCAAAAUUCUCAUUACUGAUUUGAGAAUUUCAUGAAGCGGAAAUAUAUAUUUAAAAAGAUGAUGAUUGAUUUCAAUGUUGUGAACUGAAAUAAGGCCAUUUGCGACACACAACUAAAUAUCACUGUAAAAAAAGUCUGUAAACACAUAUGACUACUAGUCAAAGUGAUAGCUGAAUAACAUAUUUUCAUGUGCAUCCUGUGUACAUGACACUCCUUCAACAUGUCUUAAACUAUAAAAUUUGCCCCUGCUAAAGAUAAAAGACAUAUAUAUCAUAUGAAAAUCAAGCCUAUUGUGUGGUUAAAUAUACCCUGAAAACAAAGAACUCCCCAAAUGUAUACUUUUCUUUGAUUUUUGCCUCUUUUUUUCCAAACAAACUUCUUUCUGGCGGGGCAGCGCCAGGAUAUUUUGAUGGGGAGAGGGCAAUGUGACCUGAAAAUGGGUGAUGUGAAUUUUUCUCAAUUUAAUGACUGGGGAAUGAAGAGUAAAACAACCCAUACCUCCUUUUUAGUACUCUUCUUUUUCUUUGUUUUUCUUCCCUUUUCUUUUUUCCCCUCAUUUUUGUUUCCUUUUACUAUUAAACAAAAUCAUUAGGUAAUCCCUGCCACCUUAUAGCUUUACCCUGAUUUUGGUUCAUAUUUUGGUAAUUUUAGUACCCUAAACUUGCUCUGCAUCUUGACCAAAAAGAUCGAAACUUUUUCUGAUUGCAUAUGUGUUCAUUGAGAGUCAAGUGCCCUCUCAUCGGAGCCUUGUUAAUUGGAUUGAAGUCAAUCUUAACUAUGGGAAACAAUUGAUGCCAUAAUCAUGAAUUAUCAUAAGAGUACAUGUCAAUUAUGCUCAUUAGUAUUUUGCGUCAUAUCAGCGUGUUCCAUUUUGUUUACAAAGUGACAGUGUGCAUGCCGUUGUGAAUAUAUUUGCUCACUGGGUUUUCAUAUUUGAGAUUGAGUAAACCCUAAUAGAUACAUGGGCCCUUAUUCUGAACUUGGGUUUAAAUUACACCCUGGUUUAAAGUUGUGGCUUAACUAUGGAGAGCCAAUUGGAGCACAAAUCCCUAACAGUACACAUUCAAUCUAUUUACUCAUGUGGCACUCGAAUUGUUUAUAAUUGUCUGGGAAUGAGAACUGAAGUAAUUUUCUGCGUUAUGAAAGCAAAAUGAAACAAAAUAGUUAACAUUAAAAAUAUACAAUAUAAACAGAAUUUUUGGCUCCCCAUAAUUUUAGCACAGAGUUAGACCGUGGUCUAAGCUAAACCUGACUUCAGAAUAUGGGCCAUGGUGUCCGCAUUCUUCAUCUUGUCCAUUCACCAUGCAAACUAUCAAAGCACCGUCUCCUAAAACUGACAAUCUCUCUAUACCUGCCAAAAUUAAAGGGGAACGAAACCUUUGGAACAAGUGGGCUUGUGUGGAAAAAGAAAAAUCAAAGAAUAAGAUCAAGAAAGUUUGAGAAAAAUCGGACAAAUAAUGAGGAAGUUAUGAGCAUUUGAAUAUUGCGAUUACUAAUGCUAUGGAGAUCCUCCUAUUGGCAAUGCGACAAAGAUUUGUGAACAACUUUCCCUGUAAGGGACUAUAAAAUACCCCUAAAAUGUCCCUUUUUGCUCUUAUGGUGAUACAAACUCUUUAUCCAUAAUGUAUUCUUUAAAAAUCCGUAUUACAUGCCCUCUUAUAGAAAGAAUACAUGACCUACUGAUAGAUGUGAUAAAAGAGGCAGUUUAAGUGAAAUAUAAAGAAAAGUAAUUAAAAAAGUUGCUCACAAGUGACAUCACACAUCUUUGUCGCAUUGCCAACUGGAGGAUCUACAUUAUGAUAAUGAUCUAAACUUCAAAUUCUCAUAACUUUCUUAUUAUUUAUUCAAUUUUUCUCAAACUUUUGUUGAUCUGUUUCUUUGAUUUUUCUGUUUUAACACAGGUUAUCUUGUUUCAAAGGUUUCAUUUUCCUUAAGUUAUUAUUAAUAUAGUGUGUGCAUUAAACUCACUGGAAAUCAGAUUUGGUGCAUUACGUGUCUAUUGCUAUUAUUAUAUAUUUAUUUCUGUAUGAUAUUGUCAAGGAAAAAAAUGAAAUUUGUAAAUUAAAAUGUUUUUCAUGAGAUGACAAUUUCGAGAA